AUGGGAAUUUGGAUAAAAGAUUGUUCUGCCAGUAUACCUCUUUCUAGUGUUCUCUGUUGUGAGCUUCAUGCUAUUUGGAGAGGGCUUGUUAUGGCUUGGGAUUGCGAGUGCAAAGAGGUCAUCUGUGAAACUGAUAAUCUUAACGCGUUUCUUCUUGUUUCGCGAGGCACAACCAGCAUGAUUAGGAAUGACUCUGAUCUGCUUGACAAAAUUAAAGAGAUGCUCCAGCGCAAUUGGACAGCUACUUUAGUUCUCAUCCAGCGCACAGCAAACAGAGCGGCUGAUUUAAUGGCUAAGACUGUUGCUUUAAACAAGCAGCCAUAUGUUCCAAAGGAUUGCACAGAAGCACCUCAACCGCUGCCUUUGGUUCUCCUUACUCCGCGGUUCCUCUGUCCAGCUUAA